CACCCAGGGUGACGAGGGCCCUGCCCCGCCCCGCCACAGCUGCUCAAUUAACUGCGGCUCAAAACAGCUCCAGCCGCAGCCGGGCAAGGUCUCUUCUACCUGGGGCUAUGAUCCGUGGGCGGGCGCCUAGGACUCGGCCAUCACCGCCGCCUCCGCUGCUGCCGUUGCUGUCGCUGUCUCUGUUGCUGCUGUCCCCAACUGUACGCGGAGACUGCGGCCCACCUCCAGACAUUCCUAAUGCCAGGCCAAUCUUGGGCAGACACUCCAAGUUUGCUGAGCAAAGCAAAGUGGCAUACUCGUGUAAUAACGGCUUUAAACAAGUUCCAGACAAGUCAAACAUAGUUGUCUGUCUUGAAAAUGGCCAAUGGUCGAGCCACGAAACAUUCUGUGAGAAAUCAUGUGUUGCUCCAGAAAGACUGAGUUUUGCAUCCCUCAAAAAAGAGUACCUCAACAUGAAUUUUUUCCCAGUUGGUACUAUUGUGGAAUAUGAGUGUCGGCCAGGAUUUCGAAAACAACCUCCACUCCCAGGAAAAGCAACUUGCCUUGAGGAUUUAGUAUGGUCUCCAGUUGCUCAGUUUUGUAAAAAAAAAUCAUGCCCUAAUCCUAAAGAUCUGGAUAAUGGUCACAUCAACAUACCAACCGGCAUAUUAUUCGGUUCAGAAAUAAACUUCUCAUGCAACCCAGGGUACAGGCUAGUCGGUGUCUCCUCUACUUUCUGUUCUGUCACAGGAAAUACUGUUGAUUGGGACGAUGAGUUUCCAGUGUGCACAGAAAUACAUUGUCCAGAGCCACCAAAAAUCAACAAUGGAAUAAUGCGAGGGGAAAGUGACUCUUAUACGUAUAGCCAGGUGGUCACCUAUUCAUGUGACAAAGGCUUCAUCCUGGUUGGAAAUGCUAGCAUUUAUUGUACUGUGAGCAAGUCUGAUGUAGGACAAUGGAGCAGUCCACCACCCCGGUGCAUAGAGAAAUCCAAGGUCCCAACGAAGAAACCAACAAUUAAUGUUCCAAGUACAGGAACCCCCUCAACGCCUCAGAAACCCACAACAGAAAGUGUUCCAAAUCCAGGAGACCAACCAACUCCUCAGAAACCUUCCACAGUUAAAGUUUCAGCAACCCAGCAUGUACCUGUUACCAAGACAACAGUACGUCAUCCAAUAAGAACAUCUACAGACAAAGGAGAGCCUAACACAGGUGGUGACCGUUAUAUAUAUGGAUUUGUUGCUGUUAUUGUAAUGAUUGAUAGCCUAAUUAUAGUCAAAACUCUUUGGACCAUUUUAAGUUCAAACAGAAGGUCUGACUUUCAAGGAAAGAAGAGGAAGAAUGUCUCAAAGUAAGAAGAGAGCAAGAAUCCAGUCUCCACCUUUUCAACCUGUUUGGGUGUGUGCUCUAUGAAUUAGAUGGCAGCUGCCCACAUUGUGAGGUUGAUCUUUAUUUAUCCUCCUGAUUCAAAUGCUUAUGGUCUAGAGAGAUCCCAAGGCUCACCCAGAGAUAAUGUUUUACCAGCCUUCUGGGAAACCCUUUCUGAGUACAAGUUGGCAUAUGGAAUUAAUAAUUACACACAAACACCACAGUUAUGUAUGUGUAUGAUCUGCCUUGAAAACUCCAGUUAAAUGAGGACCUUAAGAUUCUUAUUUCCAAAUGCCUUUAGCUUCAGUGAAUGAAAUUAGGGUUCUGAAAUAGCUGGCUCCAAAAUGGAAGUAGGAAAAAUAAGUGAGCAUGAGAGAUCUUGAAAGAAUCAGAAAUGCAGAAUCCAGGAGUGCUAUACCCACUUCAGUAGUGACUUGCAUGACAGGACUAGAAACCUGCACACAGUCCUGAGGCAAAAAGUUCAUAAAACUUAGUAUCCUGGAACCAUGGCAUCCCAUAUAAUGAAUGCUCCAAACUUGUGCUUGCGAAUGUAUCUUUGUGCUUGCUUUCAGUAUUGUUUUAUGAUGGGUGCCUCCAAGCAAUGGCUUGCCAAAUACCUAAGCAAAAUUGAACCUUGGUUCCUGGCCUUCACCCAUGCCCUAGAGAGUCCUUGAACCUACCCUAGGCUUGGAAUUCAGUAAGAAUGUUGCCUAUUCAGUGUUAUUCAGUAUUGCCUCUAAUAUUGUAAGAGAGAUAGUGAAAGAAAUCAGGCAUUAACUACUACAUAAGAGUUAGAAAUCUCAGGGCAAGCUUAGCAAAGCAAGUUUAGAAUUCUUACUAUAGUUAUGUAUGUCAGACUACUUAUUAGUAGAAAGUCCCCCCACACAAUCACUUAGAAUAAAAGCCAAGCAUCACAUAUACAGGAAUUUACAAUGGUUUAGGAAGUAGAUCAGGCUGUGAUUUGAGGAGAAACUAGUAUAUUGCAUUAUUUUUGAGAAGGUUAGCUAGAGCAGAACUUCCUAAUUAGAACCAUGACUUGGGCAUGAAAGCCCUUGCCCUGGAAGUGUAAAGACCUUACACCUGGCUUCUAAGAAUAUGGCUGACCUUAGAUAGAGCUGACUUUGUCUCAGUUGUUUUAUUGCCCAGUUCCUGCCAGUCUUUAUGCUUGCAUUCCUCUGUUUUGUGUAAGGGUCAUUAAGCAUCCAGUAACCUCAUUGUAUCUUGCUGAUGUGUCACCUAACUUCCCUAUUUUCUUCUGUAUUCAAAGUCUGGUGCUCAAUUUGACAGAUUGCAUUCAGAUACAGCACAUUCCCUUGUGUCCCUAUUUAUUUGUCAUUUCUUGCCGACUCCUGCCCAUCUGACCAGGACCCUGAUUUCUCCUCUGGAUUGAGGGGGCUUGGCUGAGGACAAGGCGCCUGAACAGGAACCCUGCACAGGGACAUCUGAGGAAGGAUUGUAAAAAUCCCUCGGGAAACAAGAAGGGCCUCCUCCAUGUCUCUGCUCACGCUGUGGUGAAGAGAACCUUGGAGGAAUGAAUGUAAAUCAAAGUCCCAUAAAGAUGGGACUCUGCUCACUAAAGAAGCAGAAUGCUACAGGAGCAUGCUAGCUCCCACAGUGAUUGGUGAGAUAUGUUGAUGCUGGGACAAAGAACGAUGCUGACCUGUGAGCUUGCAGAGUUUCCUGACAAUGAAGACAGGAAGGCUGUUUUGGACAUAAGUUCCUGAUCUCAGAUUGGACAAGCUGCCUUGCUUCAAACUUUUAGACCUUGUGGGACUAAGAACAUGGAGACUGGAAACUGCCUUCAAAAACUUAAUCAAAAAGAGAAGUUAUGAUGACUCUUCUCUUUCCUUUAAUGUGACCAGUUAUUCAUAUUUAGUCAUGGACUGUUCUAAUAAUCAAUCCAAUAUUAGAAAUUGUUAUUUCUUUAUUUGGAAGGUGUAUUAGUCAGGGUUCUCUAGAGUCACAGAACUUAUGGAUAGUCUCUAUGUAGUAAAGGAAUUUAUUGAUGACUUACAGUCUGCAGUCUAGUUCCCAACAAUGGUUCAGUAGUAGCUGUGAAUGGAAGUCCAAGGAUCUAGCAGUUACUCAGUCUCACAGGGCAAGCAGGCAAAGGAGUGAAAGCGAGACUCCCUUCUUCCGAUGUCCUUAUAUGGUCUCCAGCAGAAGGUGUAACCCAGAUUAAAGGUGUGUCCUUGAACUCAGAGAUCUCCCUGUCUUAAUCUUCUGGAAUCCAUAGCCACUAUGCCUCAAGAUCUCCAUACCAAGAUCCUGAUCAGAAACUUUUAUCUCCCAGCCUCCAGAUAAGUGACCCUUCCAAUUCUGGAUUGUAGUUCAUUCCAAAUAUAGUCAACUUGACAACCAGACAUACAGAAGCCUGGUUCUGGUCAUUUUUAGAGACAUAUUUGAAAGUUAGCUACAGUUCUCUAUGAUGCAAUGUUAGCAAUAGAUUGAGACAGGAUAUAGUAAAUAUUAAAGCUAGGUUAGCAGAAAUUUCAUAUUUGGACACUUGGAACAUUGAUGAAUUGGCCAGAGAUUUAGAGAAUAACCUAAGUGCUUUGAAUCCCUUGGAUUGGGUUCAAAAUAUAAUCUUGCUUGCUAUUAUUAUUGACAUUAUUUUAUUAGUAAUUGUUGUGUUUCCACUCAUGCUUAGAGUUCUUCUGAGAUCUGUAGCAAUGGCAAGGCAGGACGUGUGGAGUCCCCUUCUAAAAGAUAAAAGAAAGGAGGAAAUGCCACACCCACUCUAGUAGUGACUCGAUUGACAGGGCUAGAAACCUGGAUGCAGUCCUGAGGCGAAAAAUUCACGGAAACUUAGUCUCCUGGAACUGUGGCAUCCUAUAUAAUGGAUGCUCCAAACUUGUCCUUGUGAAUGGAUCUGUGUGCUUUCUCUCAGUAUGGUUUUAUUAUAGGUGCCUCCAAGCAAUGACUUUCCAAAUACCUAAGCAAAAUCAAACUUUGCUUCCUAGCCUUCACCAGUGCCCUAGAUAGUCCUUGAGCCGACCCUGGGCUUAGAAUUCAGUAAGAAUGUUGCCUAUUCAGUGACAUUCAGAAUUGCCUCUAGUAUUGUAAGAGAGAUAGUGAAAGAAAUCAGGCAUUAACUACCUAUUACAUAGAGUUAGAAAUCUCAGGGCAAGUUUGGCAAAGUGUCUUAGUCAGGGUUUCUAUUCCUGCACAAACAUCUUGACCAAGAAGCAAGUUGGGGAGGAAAGGGUUUAUUCGGCUUACACUUCCAUACUGCUGUUCAUCACCAAAGGCAGUCAGGACUGGAACUCAAGCAGGUCAGGAAGCAAGAGCUGAUGCAGAGGGCAUGGAGGGAUAUUACUCCCUUGCUUUCCCUGGCUUGCUGAGUCUGCUCUCUUAUAGAACCAAGACUACCAGCCCAGAGAUGGUCCCACUCACAAGGGGCUUUUCCCCCAUGAUCACUAAUUGAGAAAAUGCCUUACAGCUGGAUCUCAUGGAGGCAUUUCCUCAACUGAAACUCCUUUCUCUGUGAUUACUCCAGCUGUGUCAAGUUGACACAAAACUAUCCAGUACACAAAGCAAGUUUAGAAUUCUUAUUGUAGUUAAUUAUGGCAGACUACAUUACUCAUUAGUAGAAAGUCCCCCCCCCCCACAUGAUCACUUAGAAUAAAAGCUGAGCCACUCACAUAUACAGGAAUUUACAAUGCUUUAGGAAGUAUAUCUGGCUGUAAUUUGAGGAGGAACUAGAAUAUUGCAUUAUUUUUGAGAAGGUUAGCUAGAGCAGAACUUCCUAAUUAGAACCAUGACUUGGGCAUGAAAGUCCUUGCCCCAGGAGUGUAAAGACCUUACACCUGGCUUCUAAGAAUAUGGCAGACCUUAGAGCUGACUUUGUCUCAGUUGUUUUAUUGCCCAGUUCCUGCCAGUCUUUAUGUUUGCAUUCCUCUGUUUUGUGUAAGGGUCAUUAAGCAUCUAGUAACCUCAGUGUACCUUGCUGAAGUGUCACCUAACUUCCCUAUUUUCUUCUGUAUUAAAAGUCUGGUGUUCAAUUUGACAAAUUGCAUUCA